GUAACUUUAACAAAAAAUCUCUACAAACUUCAUAUUGUUACACAAUUAUGCUCAUUACAGACACCUGCUGACGUGACAAGCACAAGUUGGUAGAAAACACGUUUAAACUUGGUCACAAUUCAUUCUGCAAGUCCACUGCUGCAGGCAAWGMCAUGCUACAAGGCAAUGCACACUUGUUUUUACAUGGUAAAAACCCAUGUCUAGUUAUUUAUGUUUUCAAACCAAACAAGAAACCAAACAAAAAUAGAUUAUAUGUUCUACUUGACUAAACAAAUUGGUGCCCCUAUUGAAACAACUUUGUAUUUUAGUUGUAUUUAUUAUAAAUAAACUGAUUAUUCUGCUUUGGUCUUCUUGAGUAUUUUUUUUCUUUUAUCUUCUUAACCUCAGGCACAUUUAAUCCUUUUUUUUUCCCUGUAACUGAAGUUUUGCAAACCAAAGCCAGGACCACAAAGAUCCACUUUAAACUGAACAAAAACUGCUGACGCAAAAUAAUCAAUCAUGUAAUCAAUCAGUCAAUCAGAACUUUAGACAUUUAGAACCUAUCGCUUACUUUUCUUUUGUUUGCCCCCAAACAAUCCCACAAACCAUUGCGCGCCGCUUCCGGGAGGCGGCGCUAAACGAGAUCCGCGAGAUCUGCGUGGUCCGCGAGAUCAGCAGCAACCGGUCGCCAUGGUUACAGCGAAUGUUUACACACGUACGUCUCUUUUCUUGCGUAGACGGUUUCGUGAAUUGGCAUCACAGUUUUUCUUUAAUCCGCCCCUUUUUUUCUUUUCUUUUUACCAGAGGUUAGGUCAGGCGGUCGCUCUGCUCACCGACUCGCUUUUUUCCGGUUCAAUCCGCGCCAGAGCCGUGGUUUCUCUGCGUGGGUGACUUCAGAGAGAGGAGCGUCCGCAGGGAGGAAAACACGUCUCCCCGAGGAGAGGCAGUGACGCACCGGGCGAGCAGACAGCACCUGCUGCAGCCGAGUCACUGACCUGCUGCAGCCGAGUCGCUGACCUGCUGCAGCCGAGUCGCUGACCUGCUGCAGCCGAGUCACGCAGGACUCGGAGCUCGAGACAAACAGGUUUUCUGAAGCUCUGAGGACAUUUAAUGAGGACUGAAGUGACUUUCUGAAGCUUGAGACAUGGAGAAAUAUGACAAACUGGCCAAGAUUGGAGAAGGUUCCUAUGGAGUGGUGUUCAAGUGCAGGCACAGGGACACCGGUCAGGUCGUGGCCAUCAAGAAGUUUGUGGAGUCCGAAGACGACCCRGUCAUUAAGAAGAUCGCACAGAGGGAAAUACGCAUGCUGAAGCAGCUGAAACACGUGAAUUUGGUCAACCUGCUGGAGGUCUUCAGGAGGAAAAGGCGGCUCCACCUGGUGUUCGAGUUCUGCGAACAGACGGUUCUGAACGAGCUGGACAAGCACCCCCGAGGGGUACCUGAGGGUCAGCUGAAAAGCAUUGUGUGGCAGACUCUGCAGGCUGUGAACUUCUGCCACAAACACAACCUGGACCAGAGGACGACUACACGGACUAUGUGGCGACCCGUUGGUACCGGGCCCCCGAGCUGCUGGUUGGGGACACUCAGUACGGACCCCCGGUGGACGUCUGGGCUCUCGGCUGCGUCUUCGCCGAGCUGCUCAACGGGAAUCCACUCUGGCCGGGGAAGUCUGACGUGGACCAGCUGUACCUCAUCCGGAAAACUCUCGGUGACCUGAUCCCCCAUCACCAGCAGAUCUUUCGCUCCAACGUUUUCUUCAGCGGCGUCAGUAUUCCUGAACCAGACACAAUGGAGCCUUUGGAAAAGCGUUACCACGGCGCAUCUCCGCUUGCUCUUCAGGUUAUGAAGUCCUGCCUGGUGAUGGACCCGUCCCUCCGGCUGUCCUGCGAGGAGCUGCUGGAGCUGCCGUACUUUCAGGACGAAGGCGGAGCCAACUGGGAGCGCCCGGGAAGGCGAUACGACCGAGGCUCCYGGCGCAGACAGGCGGGGGUCCAGUACCUGCCUCAGCUGCUGCACAGCAACGUCUCACCUGCUCCUGACGUCAAGAAACAAGUAAAACAAAAAUAUCACCUGCCCAACAUAAAAAAAUGAACUGACUUUGUAGACGAGUGAGACUGAGAGAAUAUAAAAGAUGGAUCUGUGCUCUGCUGUGUGCAGCUUUUAAUAUGAAUAAAAUGUAUUCUGGUGUUUAGUGAAAAACAUUUAGAUUCAUGACUACAGCUUAAAGUAACACUAAAUUUAACAUUUUUACACUUGAGAUGGUUGUAGUGUGCCAUCAUCACUUCAGCUAAUUUAGUUUCAUUUUUUAUAGUUUUUGUUUCUUAUAAAUGCUGUAAAAAUGUUACUUUAACAUGUAAAUGUUGUAACAUCAACUAAAAUAUACAGAUGGUGUUUAACUUCAUGAUUUACUCCAGAAUAAAAGUUCGGUGCUGCCAUACAAAGCUGGA